CAGAAUAGUAAUAAUGAAAAUGAAGAUUAUGACCUUAAUAAUGAAGCAGAAGAAAAUAUGAUUCAUAAACGAAUAGAUUCUCUUGAUAAGCUAGUUUUACCAACUUUAUUAAUGGUUCAAAUAGCAUUUAAAUUAGCAAAAAUUAAUUUAAGUGCUAAAACAAAAGCAGAGUAUUUAAAAGAAAAAGAAUAUACAUACUUUGGAAAUCUUCUUGAAGAGUCUUUAUGGCAAUCUUGUAUAUCACUUAAAAAUGAUUUACCAAUUUUAGAAAAUCCACAGUCUCUUGAACAAUAUGCUGAAGCAUUGCCCCGAACUUCGUAG